AUGGACCUGGACACUGCUAGCAAUGUCUUGGGCUACAGGAUCACAGACUGCAGCCCGGAGAAGAAGAAGCUCCGUGUGCAACAAAUUAACAGUGGAAGACAUUGCGAGGAGAGCCAGACCGAGGACAAGGAGGAGGAUGAAAAGGAGGAGCCUUCCGAAUCGGUGUCUGGUGGAGCAGGAGGUGCGGGCAAGAAGUCCAGGGGAGCCAGGAACGCUAAGCUUCGCAGGCUGUGCCAGCGCCGCAAGAAUGGGUCCCUGGCUGUGCCAACGUGGCUCCAUGAGUUGUGGAAGGCUGGCAACCACAGUGCCCUUUCCCUGCAGUACGAGGAAUGUGGCUACAACAAGGUCGAGGAAGGCUGGUACUCGAAGGAGGACAUGUCACGAGUGUUGCACUGGAAGAAGAUCGCUGGUGCAAUUCGGGCAUGCGAGACGAAUGCCUCGCAGUUGAUCAGGCGCUCGAAGUAUGGCGGUGACGACGAGUACUGGGUUCAAGUCCGAGAGACAGGGACCCGUGAACUUGCUGAAGAGCGCGAGCAGAGGAUCACCCAAAACACCCAGGAUACUUGA